GGCCACACUAUUUGGGGAGGAAAAUAAAAACAAAGAAAAUUUGUGUGUUCCAACAGAUUUAAGUAGAAUUUAACGCGAAGAACCAACGAAAUGGAGCCCAACGAUGAGGUGGUUGAACGCCAAAAACUUGUGCCAAACGAUGUGGAAACCGAGGAGGAAGCCCAAAGCCAAAGCGCACCGAAAUCAGCUCAAACCCCCGCCUCACCAGCCGUUCCAAAUAUCAAAAUCAAAGGAAUAUCCAGUGGAGAUACCACACGCAGCCGAAAUUCCGCCUCCUGUUCCAUCGAGCGUACAAUAUCCGAAAAGGAGAAGGACAAGAGUCAGGGACAGGGUCAAACGGCUGCCAAAGUGUCGUAUGUGAAUGAGCGACGACCACGCCCACAGGCGCAUGUGGGGAGUGUCGGCGGAGGCGGCGGAGAUGAACGAUUUGAAUUUAAGACCAGGCCACGCAAAUUGCUCAAAGAUCGCGACCAAUUGGAACCCACACACAGCAGUGCUAACAGUUUGAAUGCCAUCACUUUGGUGAGCAGCGAGUGGCUAGCACCUGAUCCCACCAUAACCACGAACAACAACACCACUACCCCCAAGAACAACAACAACAACGAUAGCACAAAACCCAACAACAACAAUCAACAUAAUAAUAGCAAUGCGAAUACACCGCGAUCGCAGCGUCGCAAGAAUCCCACAGCUUCGAUGCCAAAUGCCAGUGUCCACAGCGGAAAAUUCGAUGAUCGUCCAAUAAAACAUCAUUCAUUUGUUUCCGAAGUUCCCGAUGUGAAGCACAUGGAGCGAGCCCUUCUAGGAUUAUUGGAUGACUUUCACUCUGGCAAACUGAAGGCAUUCGCAGGUUCCGGCUGCACCAUGGAUCAGAUGACCAAGAUCCGCGAGCAGCAGGAGAGCCUGGCCAAACUGCAUUUCGAGCUGGCUGCCGCCGAGGAGGAUUCUUUGGAGCACGGCAACGAGUUCAACACCAACAAGGCGCAGGAGAAUAUGCUGCAGCUGAUGCAGCGCCUGGAACAGCUCUCCAUUUCCAUCGAGCAGCUGCAGACCAGUCACACGGGUCUCUGAGAUUUGGCCCAGCCGCAGGCCUGGGAUCAACGCCUGCUCUGGCUCUGAGCAUACCGAUAAGAAAACCAAAACCAACAACACACAGAAACAGAAACAGAAGAAACACCAAAACGGAAAGGACAUUUGGGAUUCAGGAGUUUUACACGAGAUUAGCAACUUUUCAACGGGAGAGGGGCUGGUCACCUGGGAUUUUGUGUAAAUAUUUUAAGUUUUACGCUUAAGUAGGAGAACUCGAUGGGCUUCUUAUUAUGCUAAAUAGUUUAGCAAACUCGCAGUGAUUGUGAAACUAAUUUAGAUUGUCUUCGCCUAGCCAUAGCAAUAGCAUUAAAUUAUAAUAGACGGUGCCAGCGACGGUGGUGCUAGAAAAUGAUUCAUUACAUUACAAUUCGAUUCGAUUUGAUUAUUAAUGUGUGCUGCAGGUUAUCAGGCUUGAUUAUGAUGACAGAUCUGUUCCGCUUAUUGUUUGUUAUAGUUAUUUGCAAUAUAUAUAUAUAUAUACACACACUUAAUCAUAUACAUUUACGAAACUCGGAACCUAUUAAAGUUAUCAUUUUUAUAAUGCA